ACUUCCAGUUCCAUGGUUUCAUGUAAACGGCUACCAAUGCAUGCAGCUCUACGUACUGUACAGUGCAUGUGCACUUGACGGUAUAAACUGAAGUGACGUCACACUUACAAACCGGAUAUCAUUAGGAAACGCGUAUUAAACGCGCAAAACCUAGACAACGUUUAACAUAAAUUAAACUCCCACCACCUAGCCUUAGCGUGAAUAAGCCGAUGACAUUGCAAUUAAACGCUAGAAAUCGGGCACAUUUAUUUGGAUAAGAAGCAACGCUUCAGUGGUCAUUAUUUCUAUAAUGAGUACAAGAAAAAUAGGAAGCCAUCUUAAUUUUGUGCACAAUGACGAAAUAUGGAAAGACCAUGUUCGCCACGAGCUUCAAUCGCUACGGAAGUGGCCCGAGCAAUGGGGAUUGAUGACCCGUGAAUAUACGCGCCUCAACCGGCGUCUGAUUGGAGAAAAACUCACUCCCGAGCCGGGUGACUCCAUCUACCCGACCCGAUGCCCCUCCUCGGACGGCCGCGGUCCUAACCGCUCGGCAUCUUCCUCAUCCCAGAGAUCUACGCCGGGGUUUUCGUCCACCCGGCUGCCUUCUAUCCUAGGCGGCAAGUCCACCACCCCAAUGCGGCCGCCCGCGUCCGAGGCAACGCCAAAGCUCUCCAAACUCCCUGCCAUUUCUCAAGGGACUUACGGGGACCGGGGGCCCGUGUCAUCGACCGGACCGUUCCCGCUAACAACGUCGGGUGAGAUCGGCUGGCAGUCCGCAAGACACGUGGGUAACCGACUAGAGAUUUACGGACGAUAUGCUCCCAAUGCAAGGGGACAACAUGGUAUAUUGAAGCUGCUUAAUUGGCCUCAGCAAAGCAUCAUGUAAACUGACCAUGAGUUGGGAAGUACAAC